AUGUAUGGUGUUUAUAUAAAACAACUUUAUUUGUAUAUCAUUCCCAAAAUCAUAUAUACCAAAUAUUAUCGAGGUUUUACGCACAUGCAUAUUAUUUCAUUUUUAUUAAUCUACAAUUUACCCAACAAUUUUUUCUGCAAUUUCACACGUUCAAUAGCUAUAUGCAAUCUGUAUCUAUCGUUCCAUUCAAAUAUAUAUAUAUUGAAAUAUUUAUAUUAUUGUAAUAUAUGUGAUUUAAAUGUAGUAAAUGAAAUUACCUUAAAACAUACAAAAUAUUAA